GUUGGGGCGGCGCUGUGAGCGCGCAGUGCGUGACGUCGGGGCCUGUGAGGGUGGCGGGGAGGAGGAGGAGGGCGGCAGCGCUGCAAGGCGUGCGGUGUUCGCUGUGUGGCAGCCAGUGAUCGUGCCGCGCCGGGUGGGGACGAGACAGAACCGCAGCCGGGCGGAUCGAGCGUGACGUCAUCGAGGUGCACCCGAAACCGCCACGAUGAGCAGCUACCUGGCGUUCCUGCGCGAGGACUGGCAGGAGUUCAAGCGCGAGGAGCAGGUGGCCCUGUGGACCACCUACGUGGUGGUGCUGGUGCUGAUCUGGCUGUGGGCGCCGACAGCGCUCUACCUCUGCAUAGGCGGGCUGUGCUACCUGGCGUUCCGGCGCUGGAUGAUCGGCGCCCGCUGCCGCAGCAACGCCACGCUCGAGGGCAAGACGGCCGUGGUGACAGGCGGUAACUGCGGCAUCGGCCGAGAGGCGGCGCUGGAGCUGAGCCGGCGCGGCGCGCGCGUCAUCAUCGCGUCGCGCGACGUCGGCAAGAGCCGGCUGGCGGCGGCCGGCAUCCGGUCGGAGACGGGCGGCGAGGUGAUCGUUAAGCAGCUCGACCUCGGCUCCCUCCAGUCGGUGCGCGCGUUCGCGGACGACGUGAACAAGACGGAGGAGAAGGUGCACCUGCUGGUGAACAACGCCGGCUGCCUGCUGCCCACCCGGCGCACCACCGGCGACGGUCACGAGACCACGUUCCAGGUCAACUACCUCGCGCCGUUCCUGCUCACGCACCUGCUCACCGACAAGCUUGUGCGCAGCGCGCCGGCGCGUGUCAUCAACGUGUCAUCGACGGGCCACUGGUUCACCGACCUCGACCUGAACGACCUGGAAUGCGAGCGGAAACCGUACGCCCUCUGGACCCGGUACGGCACGUCCAAGCUGGCGCAGAUCCUGCACGCGCGCGAGCUGGCGCGGCGCCUGCGCCAGCGCAGCGUCACCGCCUUCUCCUUGCACCCCGGCGUGGUCAACACGGAUAUUUACCGCGAGCAGCGUGGCAAGUGGUACCACUCGGAGUUCCUCAAGGGCGUCCUGUUUAGCUACUUCUUCCGCAACGCGCGGAUGGGUGCACAGACGGUCGUCUACUGCGCAGUGGAGCCAACGCUGACGGCCGAGUCCGGCGGGUACUACUCGGACUGCCGCCGGGGUUGGGCCAGCGCGCAGGCGCAGGACGACCAGCUGGCGGCCAAACUCUGGGCGGCCUCCGAGAAGAUGCUGGGCCUCGAGUGACCCUCCCGCCCGGCUCUGGGUCGUGCGACACGGCGCUGCCGGCCCCUGGGCAUGCCCAGUGGGGAUGAGGGGGGGGGGGGGAUGCGCACUGGGCUGGCUUCAGCCGCCUGGCGGGGGGCGCGCACCGCCAACUGGGUGACUUAGCAUGAUAAGUAUACUUGUCAACUUAACCAACUGUAACUUAGCCAACUAUACUUAGCAUGACAAGGUCGCUGCACCACUUACCAUGAAACUAAGUUGCUACCAAACGAUGUGAUCGUUUUCGUUCACGUAAUUAUCGUCCAACAUGAAACCAAUGGCCUGGCAAAUGUUUGGGGGCACUGAAGGGAAAGCAAAGUAAGCUCGCUUUAUAAAAUGGGGCAUCAGAAAGAUGCCAAUUGGACAAAGGUGAAAUGUUGUCGUUCUUUUCUGAGCAUUCUCAGCUUCUGAGGGUCACGUCAGCAUCCUUAAGACAGGUUUGACCGUGGCACGUUUAAAUGCUCGUAUAACGCUUUAGGGGAGUCUGUUUCGAACACUAUGCUAGAGGUUUUCUGAUGGGCACUGUGACUGAUCAAUACGCAAAUGCUGAUCCAUUGUAUUAUGACGUCACUCGACGAUGCAUGUGUGUAGCAUCCACGCUUAAAGAGCUGCGAAGGAAUCAAGUCAUUAUCGAUGGGACCAUUGGCAAGUAGCCGCGAUGACGACGCCGUGCCAAACGGAGGCACGGAUGCAUAUUCGUGCACUUUCGUUAUCCAGAACAUAGUUAAGCGAUGCCAGAUUGAUCCUAUUUUAACAUGAUCAAUGAUAUGCUGCUUUAGACGGACGUUAAAGUGACCGUGUGAUAAUAUGUCAUGGCUUGUGUGCAACAAAUAUAAAUGUUGCGUC